GUGUCGGUCACGUGACACCGCUGUCCGGUGUGUCCUCGCCGGGCAACCGUCCUAGAGACUGACAACACCGUCUGCCGCGGCAUGAACGUGAUCUACCCUCUGGCGGUGCCCAAGGGGCGCCGGCUGUGCUGUGAGGUGUGCGAAGCCCCGGCCGAGCGGGUGUGCGGGGCCUGCACAGUCACUUAUUACUGUGGUGUGGUUCAUCAAAGAGCUGAUUGGGGCAGCAUCCACGAGAAGAUAUGUCAGCUCCUGAUUCCCCUGCGCACCUCCAUGCCCUUCUACAACUCGGAGGAAGAACGGCAGCAUGGCCUGCAGCAGCUGCAGCAGCGUCAGAAGCAUUUGAUUGAACUCUGCUACACCGUUGCCCAGAAAUACAUCUUUGAAGGAAAACAUGAAGAUGCUGUCCCGGCAGCUUUGCACUCUCUUCGCUUUCGCAUGAAUGUGCACGGCCUGAGUUCAGUUGAGCUGGUGCCUGCUUACUUGCUGUUGGCCGAAGCCAGCCUUGGUCUGGGCCGGGUCGUCCAGGCUGAGGAAUAUCUAUCCCAAGCUCAGUGGACAGUCCUCAAAUCAACCGAAUGUAGUUAUGCCAUCCACUCCUUACUGCAUCGGAACCUGGGACUUCUCUACAUGGCUAAGGAAAACUACGAUGAAGCCCGCUAUCAUCUGGCCAAUGAUAUUUAUUUUGCCAGUUGUGCAUUUGGAACAGAGCACAUCAGAGCCUCAGGUGGCUACUUCCACCUGGCCAACAUCUUCAAUGGCCUUAAAAAGUUGGACCUGGCAGACACAUUGUACACCAAAGUCUCUGAGAUCUGGAACAAAUAUUUGAACGAUCACUAUCAAGUCCUCUCACAGGCUCGCAUCCAACAAAUAGAUCUACUGGGCAAAAGAUUUGAGACUGACACUGGCUUGGAUGGGCAAACUGAGACAGAGGAAUCAAAGAGAUUUGGCCAGUGUUGUGAAAAAUUCAGGUCCCUAGCAUCACCCAUGGGCUUCCCAGGUGACACUAAUGAUGAAGCCCAGGAAGCAGAAGCUAUUCAGAUCCUGACUUCAAUCUUGAACGUUCGAGAAUCUACAUCUAACAAAGCCCCCCAAAAAACAAUCUUUGUUCUCAAAAUUCUGUUCAUGCUUUACUUCCUGAUGAUGAAUUCUUCAAAGGCAAAGGAAUAUGCCUUGAGAGCCCUCCACCUAGCCAAAAAACAGAAGCUCAGUGUCCAGGAACAAGACACCAUUCAGGGUUUACUAAACCUCAUCUCAGUUAAGGAAGCUCAACCCAUUACUUAGUGACCCAUGAGCUCUGCAUCAGGGACGACUGAGCAUCUAAAGUAUUUCAGCCUUGCACAGGGGCAUUGAGGUGCUAUGAAUUGCUGAAGUACCCACCCCGUUCCCCUGGGAUUGCACUUGUAGCUGUGUUUUUAUUGUUACACAGCAUAUGUUGGGGGAAUGUAGAGCUUUUGGCACAGAGAUCAGUAAAACUCUUGCUUAUUA